AUGUGUUUCUCCAACCACACCUCCCUUAAAAUAUUAUCUCUCUCUUACAAUCAAUAUUCCGGAAAUAUAUCUAUCCUUCAAAGCCUAACAUUUCUUGAAUCUUUAGACCUCUCUUCUAAUCAAUUCUUUGGAAAUAUAUCUGCCCUUCAGAGCCUAACGUUGCUUGAAUAUUUGGACCUCUCUUCUAAUCAAUUCUCUGGAAAUAUAUCUGCCCUUGAAAGUCUAACAUCACUCCGAUCGUCGAAUAUUUCAAACAAUAAAUUUCACAUCCCAAGCUCGUUAAGACCCUUGUUCAACCUUUCAAAACUCAAGAACCUCUAUGCAGAUAACAACACCAUACAUGCUGAUGAUCAUGAGAUGUCGCAUUCUUCGGCUCCAAGGUUCCAAUUGAGUUCCAUCCGCUUAUCUUGUUGUGGAAGUGGUGGGUCAUUUCCACAAUUCUUGUACCAUCAAAGUGAGUUGCAGUCUGUUACUCUCUCAGACAUAUAUUUCAAAGUGGAUCGAUCUCCGUUUUGGUUGUUGGAAAACAACACGAUGCUAAUGACCCUGAAUCUCGUGAAUUGCUCUCUAUCAGGGCCUUUUCAAGUGCCAUCGCAUGUGCAUUCUACUUUAGCAUAUUUGGAUAUAUCCAACAAUGCCUUCGGUGGCAACAUUCCAGUAAGAAUUGGAGUGCAUCUACCAUUUUUGAUGUAUUUGAACAUGUCAAAUAAUUAUUUCAAUGGCACCAUUCCCUCUUCAUUUGGUGAUAUGAGUUUCCUACAAGUUUUGGACUUAUCAAUCAACCAAUUGUCCGGAGAGAUACCUGAGCACAUGGUUAUGGGCUGCUCUUCAUUACAAUUCCUUGCUUUAUCAAAUAACAAAUUACAAGGAUCAAUUUUCUCUGAAAAUUUUAAUCUAACGAGCUUGUUGGAGCUCGAAUUAAGUGGAAAUAACUUCACUGGGAUGAUCCCAAAUGUCUUAGCUAACUGCUCUUACUUGAAUAUACUAGAUCUCAGCAAUAACUCUAUCUAUGGUGAAGUCCCAAGUUGGAUUUGGAAUAUGUCAAAGCUGGUAGCAUUGGAUGUGAGCAGGAACCAACUCUUUGGUAAGUUGCCACAAUGGAGGGGAAAUGUUUUGAAUUUGGAACAAGUUUCCAUGGCAGAUAAUCAACUUAAUGGUUCAAUACCAAGGGCAAUUUGUGGUCUCAAUCUCAAUCUGAAAAUUUUGGACCUUUCCAUGAACAGUUUGUCUGGGACUUUACCAUCUUGCUUCAAGCCUGUAUCGGUUAGCGAAGUUCAUUUAUCUAAAAAUAUGCUACAAGGAGCGUUACCGAAUGCUUUUUGUGACAGCUCUUUGUUGGUGAUAUUGGAUCUCAGCUAUAACCACUUGAAUGGCAACAUUCCAAGUUGGAUUAGCAACCUUUCUGACUUAAGUUAUCUUCUCUUAAAGGGGAACCACUUUGAGGGUGAAAUUCCAAUUCAAUUAUGCAAGUUGGAUCGUUUAAGCCUGAUUGAUCUUUCUCAAAACAAUCUCUCCGGUGGUAUUCCUUCUUGUUUAAAAGUUAGUGCGCUGAACUACGUAAUCGAGCAAUAUAUUCGGUAUUCUCUGUCUUUUUUCGACAACAACAACUUGAUGUCCAUUGAAGUUUCAAUAGAAUACACAGUAAAGAGCAGAUCCUACAAUUACAAGAGAAGAAUGCUUCAAUACAUGUCUGGAAUUGAUCUCUCCUGCAACAAGCUCACCGGUGAAAUUAGUUUUGAAACAAAAAGCAUUAUGAAGCUCUUCACAUUGAACCUUUCUCACAAUAGCUUGACUGGACCAGUGCCACGAGCAUUUUCUAACCUCAUGGACAUGGAAAGUCUAGAUCUUUCCUACAACAAUUUGACAGGGAACAUCCCUGCUGAAUUUGCGGUGUUACAUUUCCUGGGAUACUUCAAUGUGUCAUACAACAAUUUAUCUGGAAAGACACCUGAAAGGAUUGGACAAUUGGGAGCAUUUGAUGAAAGCAACUACAUAGGGAAUCCUUUUCUUUGUGGCUCAUUGGUGGGGAAGAAUUGUUCGCCCGUGGAAACACCAUUGGCACCGAAGGCUUCGGCUGGCAACAAAGAAGGCCAUGGUUUCAUUGAUAUGGAUGCCUUCUAUGGAAGCUUCUUCGCAUGUUACGUGAUGGUGCUAUUGUGUAUCGCAGCUGUGCUGUACAUAAAUCCUUAUUGGAGGCAAACAUGGUUUUACUAUAUACAAAUGGUCGUUGAUUCCUGCUACUAUUUUGUGGUAGAUAAUUUCCCCAGAAAUUUUUGUACUGGAAACAUGUAG